AUGGCACUCAACCUCCGCCCAGCUCACGUCUCGGCGAGUACCCUCAAGGGGCGUCUUGAGUUUGCAGACCGCCUGGAAAAGCUUCUAGCAAAUGACAAGAAUUGGUACGAGUUUCCGACGCCGCAAGAUUACCGUGAUGGGCGUCGAGAUGGCACCCACGGUUUCAAGAAGCCUGUUUGCAACGAUAAGGCACGAUUGAUCAAAUUUACCGGCCGUGAAGGGAACUCGAUCCAGCUGCGGGUCAUUGAACCCUCGGCAGGCUCACCUAAGGGAGUUUGGUUACAUUUCCAUGCAGGGGGCUUUGUCAUUGGCAGCAAUGCCUCGUACGACUCAUAUCUCACCCGGCUUUCCAACGAGCUGGGCCUUACUAUGGCCUCGGUAGAGUAUCGCCUGGCGCCAGAGAACCCUUAUCCAGCCGGCUACAACGACGCCGUCGAUGCAGCCCUGUUCGCGGUGUCUGAAGCAGGAGUAAAUAAGCUAGGAGCGCAGCUGCGUGUGCUUGGCGGUGAAUCCGCCGGCGCAUGGUAUGCUGUCUCCGUUGCAUUAGCUCUCCGCGACAAGCACGGCGUUGAUGUGCAGUCGCAGCUCUCUGCCAUCUGUGCGGGCUACGGCAUCUUUGAUCUCACCUAUACCCCUUCAUGUCUCAACCACAAACGCAACAUUGUCCUGAGUAGCGAUGCAAUGCAGCGCUUCACAGAGGCCGCUUUUGCACAUGUUCCCCUAUGGGAUCGCAAGGUGUCUCAUAUCUCGCCUCUGUAUGCUGACCUAGGUAAACUGCCUCCAGCGCAGUUUCUGGUUGGGUCAAUCGACCCGUUGCUCGAUGACAGCAUUUUCAUGGCUGCCAAAUGGGCCAACUCCGGCAAUAAAGUGUACCUACACAUCGUAGAUGCAGGGUGCCACGCUCUUACACUGAUACCUAUGGGCAAUGCUACUGAGGAAGGUCUGCAAAGCUUGAUCAGCUUCGUAAAGAAGCAUAUCGAGUAG